AUGAGGGUUUUAGAUGGAGAUCUGGUUGAUCACCUGAAUGAAAAUUUAUUGAGUUUUUCAUUAACUUCUACUAAUACCACAGAAAUUGAAGAUGGUGCAUUUGCGAAAUUUUUAAAUAUGGAGUACAUUUCUGUUCAACACAAUCACAUUUCGGAACUGAGAAGAAGUAUGUUUCCCACCCCUGCAAAAAUGAAAAACAGAAUUUCUUCUCUACCGACAGAUUUAUUUGACCUAAUGCCAGAGCUGGAAACCAUAGGAUUUCAAGGAAAUUUGAUCUCUGUAAUUUAUGAUGCUUCAUUUAAGAAUAGUUUGAAUAAACUAACACUGGUUUCGCUGGAAGGAAAUCCUUUAAAGUGUAAUUGCAAAAUGCUGUGGUUGUUAAAGAAAAAUGUUCCGGCUAUAUUUAAAGGUACUGCUUCAACUGUAUUAACAUAA